AUGAAUAUUGUAGAAGAAGCAGAUGUUCAUCAACUCAUAAAUGGAAUUUCUAAAACGAAGGAGAUUGUGCAUUUGUAUUUGGAGGUAUUUGAGGGAAUGGUCAAACAAACAGAAGCUGUUGACAAGAUUGUACCCUACAAUGUUGAAAACAUUGUAUCUGAUAAUGUUGAAGAGUGUCCACAAGAAGAAACUGUGGCAGUGAAUACAGUGGAAGAAGAAAAUUUAUAUGAGUUUGGAAGACUAUGUGACAAAACUUUGUUAGACGAUGAAGAGUCAAAUCAAGGUUGGUUAGAAGAUGAGUUCACACACUGA